AUGCAGGCCGACUCACAAUUGAAAUUAUUGAUAAGGACGUCCAAGGCUAAACUUGAGUUCAAAGUAACCAAAUCUAGGGCCCUUUCCUCCCACACAAUACAGACGACAGUUAUCCCUGAACUUCGGAGUCUUGCAACCAUUCCCAAUGACUCUAGGCCGUUUGAGAGGGGACUAGAUAUUCUUAACAUGAAACUGGCACAGAUGGUGAGAAAUGACAGAGCGGCAGAUGUUUGGGAAGACCUCAUCGGUGAAUUGUCCGUUUUAGAGAAUUCCCUCCAUCAACUGGUAAGCAUGAUGGAGGAGCAACGUGAGUUGGCAGUACAGAGGCAAUCACAGCAAAGGAAAGUUAGACAUGGAUCAACACAAAGCAAUUUGGGGAAGGGUUGGUCGUUUUUAGGUUUCACCUUUACUGGAAACUCGCAGACCAAAAAUGGAGAAGAACCUGGUGUCGAGAAACCGAGUGAAGGACCAACUGAAGAGACUCACGAGUCUAUGGACAGAGUAACCAAGGUCGUGAGAAAUGUCGUCGUAGCACAAGACUAUUUGUCCGACGAUAUUAAGGAGCUACACAAGUUAGCCCUGGCAUUAUCCAAAUGUAUAGAUAAGUCAGAAGUGUUGGCGCAUUCCCCGGAUACCAAAGAAAAACUCCCUGCAGAUGCCAUCACCGAUUUAGAAGAUAGGAUAUAUGUGGAAAUUGUGAGAAAGCUUAGAGGUGAUGACGAGGAAACAGUUGUGACCGAUUAUAUGCAUGAGUUGUGUGACAUUUAUAAAAUUGAUCUUUACAGCGAAGAUAAAUACAAGGAAGAUGUGAAUGAAGAUGACGGGGAAAACGGUGACAACGCCGAGGGCAGUAACGAGAACCAACCGGUCAGACCACAGGUGAAGAAAAAGCUGGAUGAUUUGGACGACUUGAAGGAACGUUUUGAGGCUUUGAAAAAGUCCUAA